AUAACAAGUGGUAAUCGGGCAAUUGCCGGUAGUAAAGUUACCGAACCGCACCAUUUCGGCCAUUCGAUCAGGCCAUUUAGUUGACUAUAACGUACAUCAAGCAAUUUCGAUUUGAGUAAAAUGAACUUUGCACGCCUGCGGUUCCUAAGGAGCCUUUGCCAGCCGCGCCAACACUUUCAGACACAAUGGCAAGGCCAGCGAUGGAUGACCACAAUCACCAAGCCGCCAGCAGCAGUUACAGAGGAAACGGACGCUGCCACAAAGAAGCCUCAAUCAGCGACGGUCCAGGGCCCAUCACCCAGGGUGAAGCCAAUGCCUUUGGUGGAAGAGCGACUGGAGUCGAUACUGUCGCCCAUUAGGACGCGCAUAAUGCGCAAGAAGCGGCUGGCCACCGACGAGCUGUCCGCCCUGGGAUUCCUCAACACACGCGGCUAUACCACGGCCGAAGAGUACAAUCUAGAGGCGUUACAGGCGGCCCUCAAGGAGCAGAAUCUGUACGAGACAAAGCGCUUCUUCUCCACCGACAACCUGGAUGUGGAGCAGAACGUGCUGUUCGUGGCGGCCAAGUACCCGACGGGACAGCAGCCACGCGAGAUAUUCUUCUUUCGCGAGGGGUCCGUUGUCUUCUGGAACUGCAGCGACAUCGAGAUGAACAACGUGCUGAAUUUUCUGCGCUCCUUCGAGCGGGAGUCGUACGUUAGUGCCCUGGUCCACGGGGAAAGCGAAGUGAUGCCCUACACCUACAUCCCGUCAGCGGCCGUCGAUGUGGAGGGCGACCUGGUGGCGGAGAGCAGCGACUUCAAUGCCACCUCUCGCGCCUUCUUCCAGAAGGGCAAGUUCUUCGUGACGGGCGACAGAGACAGCUUCCUGUACAAGUACACAUUCUCCAAUGCGAUGGCUCAGUCGAUCAAGCUGGGCAUGUGGGAGGCGACGCUGGACCGCUACAUCGACUCGAUUGAGCACCUGACGGAGGACCUUAAGCGGGGCCGACGGCUGCGCAUCUCUCGGGCGGCCAUGCUCCGCAAGACAGGCGAGCUGUUCGCCCUGCGCCACGUGAUCAACCUGUCGUCGGACCUAUUGGAUGCUCCCGAUUUCUACUGGGACAGGGAGGAGCUGGAGGGACUCUAUCUGCAGGUGUGCUCCUACUUUAGCAUUUCGCGCCGCACCAAGGUGAUGAACGAGAAGAUCAGCCACUGCGUGGAGCUGGCCGAGCUGGUCUCCCACAAUCUCAAUGACGCCCACCACAUCCGACUCGAGUGGAUGAUCAUCAUCCUGAUCAUGGUAGAGGUGGGAUUCGAAAUUUUGCAUUUCAUUAGCGACAAGGGCGAAAAGCAGCAAUCCCUGGAAGUUGUCCCACUCUCCAGUCAGUUAGUCCCUAAGUAGCGUGUAUGCUGAUUGGAAUAGACUCGUUUGUUGUUUUUAUAAUAUAUUACUUGUAUUUUCGCCAAAAUAUAAAUAUGUU